CCCGGCCCCGCCAUGCCCCGGUGAGACCAUGGAGCCCAACCCGGGGCCCACGGGGGCCGAGGACGGGAGGCUGCGGCCCGGCGCCAAGCGAGUCACCUUCCCGUCCGAUGAGGACAUCGUGUCCGGGGCGGUGGAGCCCAAGGAUCCGUGGAGACACGCCCAAAACGUGACGGUGGAGGAGAUCGUCAGCGCCUACAAGCAGGCAUGCCAGAAGCUGAGCUGCAAGCAGAUCCCCAAACUCCUCAAGCAGAUCCAGGAGUUUAAGGACCUGGCACCCAGGAUAGAUUGCUUGGAUCUCAAAGGGGAGAAGCUGGACUACAAGGCGUGCGAGGCGCUGGAGGAGAUCUUCAAGAGGCUGCAGUUCAGAAUCGUCGACUUGGAGCAGACCAGCUUGGAUGAGGACGGCGCCUCGGCGCUGUUUGACAUGAUCGAGUACUACGAGUCGGCCACGCACCUCAACAUCUCCUUCAACAAACACAUCGGCACGCGGGGCUGGCAGGCGGCCGCACACAUGAUGAGGAAGACCAGCUGCCUGCAGUACCUGGACGCCCGCGGGACGCCCCUGCUGGACGCCUCGGCGCCGUUUGUGGCGCGGGCGCUGCGCAUCAGCAGCAGCCUGGCUGUGCUGCACCUGGAGAACGCCAGCCUGUCGGGGCGGCCGCUCAUGCUGCUGGCCACGGCUCUGAAGAUGAACGUGACGCUGCGGGAGCUUUACCUGGCUGACAACAAGCUGAACGGGCUGCAGGACGCGGCGCAGCUGGGCAACCUGCUCAAGUUCAACUGCUCCAUCCAGAUCCUGGACCUCCGCAACAACCACAUCCUGGACUCGGGCCUGGCCUAUCUGUGCGAGGGGCUGCGGGAGCAGCGCCGCGGUUUGGUGACAUUGGUGCUGUGGAACAACCAGGUGACGCAGGCAGGGACGGCGUACCUGGGGGUCACGCUGCCCCACGCACAGAGCCUGGAGACCCUGAACCUGGGCCACAACCCCAUUGGCAACGAAGGCGUGCGCAACCUGAAGACGGGGCUGAUUGGGAACCGCUCCGUGCUGCGCCUGGGCCUGGCUUCCACCAAACUGACCUGCGAAGGGGCGGUGGCGGUGGCCGAAUUCAUCGCCGAAAGCCCCCGGCUGCUGCGCCUGGACCUGAGGGAGAACGAGAUCAAGACGGGGGGGCUGAUGGCGCUGGCGCUGGCGCUGAAGGUCAACCAGUCGCUGCUGCGCCUCGACCUGGACCGUGACCCCAAAAAGGAGGCGGUGAAGAGUUUCAUUGAGACCCAGAAGGCUCUGCUGGCCGAGAUUCAGAGCGGCUGCAAACGGAAUUUCGCUUUGGCCCGCGAGCGCGACGAGGGGGAAGCUCAGCCCCCGCAGCCCCCCGGCACGGCCGGCAUCGGUGGGGGGGACGGCGGGGACCCCAAGGGGACGGCGGCGACGGGGACCCCGAUGGCGGAGGGGCCGGAGCGCAGCGCGGAGCGGCCACCGAUUCCAGCUCAGAUACGGAGGACGAGGGCUGGGGGAGAUGGAGGGCGAAGGGACAGCACAGCGAGCCCUGAGGGGGCUGCCGACGGCGGGGGGGGCACCGCGGAGACCCCCGAGUCACCACGGGGUCAGCAGCAGCGCAUUCUGGUCACCAGCCCCGGGAGGGGACACAAAGUCUUCGUGGUGACGCGCGUGGAGAGCGGGGCCGGCUGCGAUCCCAAGGAGGCAGCGGGGAGAGAGGGGAAGGACGGCACCGCCAACGGGACCGGAGCCACCAAUGGGACUGUCACCGUGGGGACAGCCACCAGCAAUGGGGCAGCCACUGAUGGGACGGCCACCAGCGAUGGGACGGCCACCAAUGGGACAGGCACCAUGGGAACCGUCACCAGUGGGACGGCCACUGCCAAUGGGACAGGCGCCGUUGGGACAGCCGCCACAACCAGGACCAGCCCCACCAGUGGGACAGCCACCAUGGGGACCAUCCCCACCAAUGGGACGGCCACCACCUCUGGGACAGCCACUAAUGGGACGGUCAGGAGUGGGACCAUCCCCACCAAUGGGACGGCCGCUGACGGGACGGCCACCACCUCCAGGAUGGUCACCGCCAAUGGGGUGGCCACCGGUGGGAAUGUCACCAGUGGGACAGUGGCCACCAGCGGGACCCCCGCCACCUCUGGGACGGCCACCAGUGGGACUGGCAGCAUGGGGAUGAUGGCCACCAGCGGGAUGGCUACUGAUGGGAUGGCCACCGAGGGGACAACCGCCACCUCUGGGACGGCCACCAUCAGUGGGACUGUCUCCAUGGGGAUGAUGGCCACCAGCGGGACAGUGACCGAGGGGACAGCCUCCACCUCUGGGACGGCCACCGCUGGGACAACCGCCAGCCCUGGGACGGCCACCAGUGGGACAGUCACCGAGGGGACAGCCACCAGUGGGAUGGACGUCACUGGGACGGCCACCGCCUCUGGGACGGCCACCGCCGGGACAGUCACCUCCGGGACGGCCGCUGAUGCGACGGCCACCAGCAGGGUGACCACGGGUGGCCCGGCGCUGCCCAACGGGCUGAAGGCAGAGCUGGGCCAGGCGCUGCCCGACGGCGACGGCAAAGCGGGGAGCUGCGGUGCUGAGCACGAGCUGAGCUGCUGGAGGGACGAGCGGGAUCUGGAGGAGCUGCUGCUCGAGGCCAGCCAGGACGCGGGGCAGGAGCCGCCGUGACGGCGCCAAGGGGGGCAGUGG